AGUACCAUUGCCCCCUGUGGGCUGCAAGCGCUUGUUCUGGCGGGUGGGUCUGGGUCGCGCAUGUAUCCUCUGACUGAGUCGAUGAAGAAGGCCAUGCUGCCUGUUGGUAAUAGACCCAUGAUCUGGUACGCACUACAAAGCUUAGAAGACGCCGGCUUCCAAGAAAUCAUCGUGCUAAUCAGGAAAGAAACAGAGGGUCACAAUGAUCUGUACCGAUACUUGGCCGAAACUUACGAGUCCAAGAGCGCCAAGGCUAUACGUGUGGUGGAGAUUGAUAACGAUGUCAACGGCACCGCCGAUGCUCUGCGCGCUGCACAAGCGCAUAUUCAUGCAGGAGUGCUCGUCAUGAGCUGUGACCUGGUAGCCAAUGUCAAUAUCCGAAGCAUGGUAGACGAGUGGAGGAUAAGAGACGCUGAUGUGUGCAUGGCCCUAGCAGACUCGCUUCCCCAUGAACGCGGUCUAGAGAACAAAAAGAAUGCGAAAGGGAUCAAGGAUUAUAUUGGGUUGGAUGUCGAGACAAAAACCGUGGUUUAUUACACGCCCGAAGCUGACGUAGACGAAGAGCUGGACCUAUCACGGCGCAUGUUCACGCAAUGGCCACGUGUGCAGUUGCGAAACGAUCUCACGGACUGCCAUUUAUAUGUGAUGCGCAAGUGGGUGGUUGACUACAUUGUAGCCGAUACGACCAUCAGUAGUCUUAAAGGUACGGGAGAUGCUGUGGCUGAGAGAGUAGUGUGUGCUGGCAAGCUGGGCACGCAGUCUUAG